AAGAAAGACAUUCAUAUGACACAAAACGGAUAUCACGUAGAAACAAGCAGAAGCCGAGAAGAUAAAUAGCAGAUGCUCGAUGUUUUUCGUGCAGACUUAUCAGUCUUCAACUUGUGAUGCGCCCGCUGGUCAUUAUUGUCCGUGGAUGUGGUUUAGUAGUUCUCCAUUAAAAUGUGGCAAAGGAAAAUAUCAAGACGAAAGGGGCCAAACAUCUUGCAAAUCAUGUAUGGACGGCGAAUAUAAUAUUCAAAAUGGACAAACAAAAUGCGAACUCUGUCCAGUUGGUCAUUAUUGUUAUUGGAAAGGUGCAUCGCCGGUAAAAUGUGGCAAAGGAAAUUAUCAAGAUCAAAAAGGGCAAAAAUCUUGCAAACGGUGUAAGUCCGGUCAAUACAACAUUGAAACAGGACAAUCGAAGUGUAAUAUUUGUCCAGUUGGUCAUUACUGUUAUUGGAAAAAUCAAUCACCUAAAAAAUGUCGUAAAGGACGGUAUCAAGACCAGAAAGGAAAAACAUUUUGCCUAAUUUGCCCAUCAGGUAGCUUUUGUCCGUCAACUGGACCUGUCGUGCCCAGCAACAAGACUUUAUGGGCUAUUCACAAUGCAGUGAAAUAUGCGGCCAAAGCUUACGAAGACGUUGAACCUGCCGACUUGAGAUUAGUCGACGAGAAAAAUGAUAUUCAAGGUUUCGUGAAGUACGAGAGAAAUACGAUUGUUGUAUCUUUUCGAGGCACGGACGAUAUCAAUGACUGGUUUCGCAACAUCAAUAUUCUGAGAAAAAAAUAUCGGGGCUGUAAAAACUGCAAAGUACACACUGGAUUUUCUAACAUUUAUUACUCGGUGCAAAAGCAGAUGUUUGCAAAAGUAAAAGCUUUAUCUCAUGUUCAUUCAAACUCGACAGUUCUCGUCACAGGUCAAUCACUUGGUGGAGCAUUGGCAACGUUUGCAGCAGUUGAUUUGGCUAAGGCUGGAUAUCAUGUUGAUUUGAUAACGUAUGCCUCACCUAGGGUUGGUAACAAACAAUUUGCCGAAUAUGUCGACAGAACUCUGAACGGUUUGAAUCUAAGAGUGACAUUCAAGAACGACCCAGUUACAGUUCUUCCGCCAAGAAUAUUUGGAUAUUGGCAUGUUGGGCAAGAAAUUCAUUGCGCUAAUCGAAAAAAUUGCUUUGAAUAUCCCUCAGAAAAAGAUUUCACGCACGAGAGACUAAACACUAAGGAUCAUAGCAUACUUAAUUAUCUUAAAAUAAAAUGAAACAGACGAACUUGCAACUUUAUAUAUCUAUCUUUAUAUAGUGGUACUAAAUGCUUUAAUUUGAACUGGGCUACUGUAGUAAACAAAAUAAUUUCGUUGUGUGAUUAUGGUCAUUGCGUCUCCACAAAAGAUAAAUAGCUAACUCCCUGAUACAAUUGAAACGAUGUUUGAGUUUUUCCCAACAACUUGUAUGUUGCCGAUCAGAGUAUUACCAAUCAUUUUCUGUAAA